CCCGCAAUCUCCGAUAACUCAGUGGAACAUCUCACAAUCGCUAUCACUCUUAUCGUCCCCCGACGGCCGAUUACCACCAACCAAUCAUACAACCUCAACCAACCAAUCGCAUAUCUCCAUCCGCCGUCUUUAGAUCAACUCAUCUAUUAUCCAACACCACAAAAUCCACCCUCACCCCGUUCUCUCCAUGUCGAACUCAUCACCCUUCUUCCUUUCUAAAACCCUAUCAGCAAUAUGAAGAAUCACGAAGCUGAUUUAGCACGCGAUGCCGCUCAACUUGCAGCACUAGGCCACAAGCAGGAGUUGGAGAGAAAUUUCUCCUUCGUCUCCAUGCUUGGCCUUGCCUUUUCUAUCCUCAAUUCUUGGACUGCGCUUGCGUCGAGUUUAUCUGUUGGUCUUCCUAGCGGUGGUCCUACGGCUGUUAUUUGGGGAUUGGUCACAGCUGGAGUAGGCAGUUUGUCUCUUGCUGUUUCUAACGCUGAAUUCCUUUCGUGUUAUCCUACCAGCGCUGGCCAGUAUCAGUGGGCUGCUAUCAUAUCGCCUCCAAAAUGGGUAGCCAUUGUCUCUUGGGUUACAGGUUGGGUCAAUGUUAGUGGAUGGGUUGCUCUGUCUGCUUCUGGUGGUGUCUUGGGCGGCCAAUUAUUUCUCGGUAUCAUCACCAUGUACGACCCCGAAUUCGCACCGACACGAUGGCAGUAUUUCUUGCUGUUCCUCUUAUACACAUUCCUCGGAUUCUUCCUUAACCUUUUCCUGGCUUCGGGAUUGCCCUUCAUGACAAAGGUUGCUUUGAUUUGGUCUGUCUGCGGUCUCCUCGCUACUACCAUCACUGUCUUGGCUACCAGCGCUCCCGACUUCCAGCCAGCUAGCUUUGUCUUUGGAGAAUUCAUCAACUCUACUGGUUGGCCUGGUGGUGUCGCAUUCCUUUUGGGUCUGUUGCAGGGUGGUCUUGGUCUUACGGGCUUCGAUGCUGUUGCGCAUAUGAUCGAGGAGAUUCCCCAGCCCUGCAUUCGUGGACCUCGCAUCAUGGUUGCUUGUGUUGCUAUGGGUCUUGUCACAGGCUUCGCCUUCCUGGUCUGCCUUCUAUUCGUCAUCAAGGAUGUAGACGCAGUCGUCGCCUCCCCAACUGGUCCUCUCGUUGAGAUCUACCUUCAAGCGACGAACAGCAAAGCUGGCACUGUUUGUCUGUUACUUUUCCCCAUGAUCUGUCUCGUAUUUGGUACCCUUGGUAUCAUGGCUACGAGCACCCGUAUCCUUUACGCUUUCGCUCGCGAUGGAGGCCUGCCCUUCUCCAGAGUGUUUGCCAAGGUUGACCAGCGAUGGGGCAUUCCAGUUAACGCCCUCUUGCUCACUAACGGAAUCGUCAUCAUUUUUGGACUCGUCUAUCUCGGAUCAACCAGUGCACUAAACGCCAUUUUAUCAGCUGCUGUUAUCGCUCUCUCCAUCUCAUAUGCCGUCACUCCUGCCAUCAACUGUCUCCAAGGACGAAAGGGGCUGUUGGACAACCGACCGUUUGUGCUGCCAGAAUGGCUCGGUUGGAUCUGCAAUCUCGUUGGCAUUGCCUACACGAUCGUCAUCUCUAUCUUCCUUCUAUUCCCUCCCGUUAGCGAUGUUACAGCCUCGAACAUGAACUACGCCGUAGUUGCAUUUGCAGCCAUCAUAAUUGUUUCUUCGAUUCAGUGGUUCGUCGAUGGAAGGCAUCACUUCAAGGGCCCUACCUUUGAGGAAGACGCGCUCUUUGUUAGUGGAGUCGAGGAAACCAGCGGGGUGAAGAUUGGAGAACACGACAAUGACUCCAAGGUCAACAAGAUAGAUGCAGAGGUGUAGACGACAUGUGAAGCGAAC